CGUUGGAAAUGACCUCUUUGACAUUCCCAAGGAUACAUUUGACAUUUAGAAUUCGCCACUGGCCGAGUGAGAUUUUUGCUAAAAAGUUUAAAAACUUUAACCAAAAUGGCUUUAAAUAAACUCAGUAUUGAUGCCCUAAACUUGGCUGGCAAGCGCGUGUUGAUGCGAGUGGAUUUCAACGUCCCCUUGAAGGAUGGAGUCAUCACCAAUAACCAGCGCAUCGUCGCAGCUUUGGAUUCCGUUAAAUAUGCGUUGGACAAGGGUGCAAAAUCAGUUGUACUUAUGUCACAUUUGGGCAGGCCCGAUGGUCAGGCAAACCUUAAGUAUACCCUAAAGCCGGUCGCUGAGGAGCUCAAGAAACUCUUGAACAAAGAUGUGACAUUCCUUCCUGACUGUGUGGGUGCUGAGGUGGAAGCAGCUUGUGCUGACCCAACCCCUGGAUCUGUAAUCUUGCUGGAGAACCUCCGUUUCCACAUCGAGGAGGAGGGCAAGGGUAUUGAUGCGUCCGGUGCCAAGGCUAAAGCUGACCCUGAGAAGGUCAAGGCAUUCAGGGCAAGCCUGAGGAAGCUGGGUGAUGUUUACAUCAAUGAUGCCUUUGGUACAGCACACAGAGCCCACAGCUCGAUGAUGGGAGAAGGCUUCGAACAGAGAGCCAGUGGCUUCUUACUGAAGAAGGAACUGCAAUAUUUUGCCAAGGCUCUGCAUGAACCUGAAAGACCAUUCCUUGCUAUUUUGGGAGGUGCUAAAGUAGCUGACAAGAUUCAGUUGAUUGAGAACCUGUUGGACAAAGUGAAUGAGAUGAUCAUUGGUGGUGGUAUGGCCUAUACUUUCCUGAAGGAAACACAGGGUAUGGCUAUUGGUAACUCCUUGUACGAUGCGGAGGGUGCUAAGAUUGUUGGAAAGCUUUUGGAAAAGGCUGCCAAGAACAAUGUGAAGGUUCAUCUACCUGUUGACUUCGUCACCGGUGAUAAGUUCGAUGAGAAUGCACAGGUUGGCGCCGCCGACAUUGCAAGCGGUAUCCCCGACGGUUGGCUUGGUCUCGACGUUGGCCCCAAAUCUCAGGCACUUUUCGCCGAGCCCAUUGCGAGAGCUAAAGUUAUUGUAUGGAAUGGACCUGCUGGAGUGUUCGAAUUUGAGAAGUUCGCUGGAGGCACCAGGGCUCUCAUGGAUGGUGUUGUGAAGGCCACUGCAAAUGGAACCAUCACCAUCAUUGGUGGAGGUGACACAGCGACGUGCUGCGCCAAGUGGGGUACCGAAGACAAAGUCUCUCACGUGUCCACCGGCGGUGGCGCUUCCCUGGAACUGCUUGAGGGUAAAGUGUUGCCAGGAGUAGCAGCGCUGUCUGACGCAUAGACAAUAAAGAGCAAAGAGUAUUUACACCUAUUUGCUUCCUAGAAGUGUUUGGAAAUUAACUAAUAUCCUAUUUGAUAGAGCGAAAAGUCAAGAAAUUAUGUUUUGUAAGUGAUAUGUAUGUAUGUAUACUACUUUAUUUUUAAGUUAAAUGAGAAAAGUGUCAUGUGUAUCGAAUAGUGCAAUAAUUUAUUAUCGUAAUAAAUGAAAUGAAAUUGUUGGUUAUAA